CGUAUGGUGACAGACGGCCUCAGCUCUACAUGUACGUCCGAUUGCAAAAACAUUGAAAACGGAAUAUCGACAUAAAACAGAACAUUGAUAUGACAUUUCAGGGAACACCUCCACCAAGAUUUGCGGAUACGGAUUUUUCAGUAUAUCUUCGUGUUCAAGAGUCGUAGAAUUUAUGCUUCAAAUGUAUGAAGGCGCACACAGAACCAGCGAUCGAAAUCGCACGUUUUUCUGUGAUUGUAGACCAUCUUGUGUAGAAUUGAACUAUGAAGUGCAGCUCUCCCAGUCUGCCUUGAAUCACGAGAAAACAUACCGAGCUCGCUAUAGAAGGCCUACCAAUGAAUCGUACUUGUAUGCCAGAUUGUCAGUAUUUUUCAGAGAAGAAUUCUUUUUGUCACUAGAGAGAAAUGAAUUAUAUGGACCAACUGACUUCUUGGCUAACUUCGGAGGCCUUCUCGGAUUGUUUACUGGAUUUUCUCUCUUAUCUCUGGCAGAAAUAGUGUAUUUUUUAUCUGUACGAAUCUGUUGCAAUCUUAGGUUGUACAAUUUUUGAAGUAGAAGUAUCAAUUUUUCGUUUACAUCUCGUAUAAAAAAAUAAUUUUUGACACGCAUAUGACAC